UUUGGUUGGUACAUCAUCCCUGGUCAGCGACGGCGCUUGGUUGAGUCCCCGGCACAGAGCACUGAAUAACAAUACUGACAGACGCGACGCAAGACAAGGGGAAGAUGGAGAAGAAAGACACAGACUUCAGUAUUUUGUUAGCGACUGAUUCCUACAAGGUCACACAUUACAAGCAGUACCCACCAAACACUAGUAAAGUGUACUCCUACUUUGAGUGUCGGGAGAAGAAGACUGACCCCACCAAGAACAGGAAGGUCAAAUAUGAUAAAACGGUCUUUUAUGGAUUGCAGUAUAUUCUCAACAAAUACUUAAAAGGAAAGGUGGCCACUCGGGAGAAGAUCCAGGAAGCAAAGGAGGUGUAUCGCGAACACUUUCAGGACGACGUCUUUAAUGAGAAAGGCUGGAACUACAUUCUGGAGAAGUACGAUGGGCACCUGCCCAUCGAGAUCAAGGCGGUGCCGGAGGGCAGCGUGAUCCCCCGCGGGAACGUCCUCUUCACCGUGGAGAGCACAGACCCGGAAUGCUACUGGCUCACCAACUGGGUGGAGACGAUCCUGGUCCAGGUCUGGUACCCCAUCACCGUGGCAACCAACUCCAGGGAACAGAAGAAGAUCUUGGCGAAGUACCUGAUGGAGACAUCAGGAAACCUGGAGGGCCUGGAAUAUAAGCUGCACGACUUUGGCUACAGAGGGGUCUCAUCACAGGAGACUGCAGGAAUCGGGGCAUCUGCACAUUUAGUGAACUUCAAGGGCACAGACACCGUGGCUGGAAUUGGCGUCAUCAAGAAAUACUACGGCACCAAGGACCCUGUGCCCGGAUUCUCUUUGCCUGCAGCAGAGCACAGCACGAUCACUGCCUGGGGGAAGGACCAUGAAAAAGACGCCUUUGAGCACAUUGUGAAGCAGUUCCCCUCCGUUCCUGUCUCCAUCGUCAGCGACAGCUACGACAUCUACAACGCCUGCGAGAAGAUCUGGGGCGAAGACCUGAGGAGUCUCAUCGAGUCUCGGAGUGCCGAGGCCCCCCUCGUGGUUCGACCGGAUUCAGGAAAUCCCCUGGACACAGUACUGAAGGUCCUGGAUAUUUUGGGGAGGAAGUUCCCCCCUACAGAGAACAGCAAGGGUUACAAAGUGCUGCCCCCCUACAUCCGAGUGAUCCAGGGGGACGGAGUAGACAUCAACACCCUUCAGGAGAUUGUGGAGGGCAUGAAGCAGCACAGGUGGAGCAUCGAGAACAUUGCCUUUGGAUCGGGCGGGGCACUACUGCAAAAGCUGACCAGGGAUCUCCUCAACUGCUCCUUCAAGUGCAGCUACGUGGUGACCAAUGGCCUGGGGGUAAAUGUGUUUAAAGACCCUGUGGCAGACCCCAAUAAAAGGUCAAAGAAAGGUCGCCUCUCCUUGCACAAAACGCCAAGUGGAGAAUUUGUUACCCUGGAAGAAGGGAAAGGGGAUUUGGAAGAGUAUGGUGCGGACCUCCUGCACACGGUGUUUCUGAACGGAAAGAUUGUGAAGACGUACACCUUUGAUGAUGUCAGAGACAAUGCUAAGCUGAAGGAUGGUGAACUGGUCGAGCUGCUCCAGUAAACCUCAGCAGCUCCACCACACCCUGGGUACCCUCCCCUUCCCACUCCACACCUGGGUAUCCCCACUUCCCAAAAUACUGGUUCUCUAAAGGACUGAAGAUGUUAACCCCACUGCACGUCACAACCUGGGCACAUUUGCCCAAAGACUUUGUAAAAGUACAUAUACACUUACCUGUGCAGUGUACAGAGUGGUUUAUGUUUGAAAUUCCAGAAUCUACUCGGCUUUGUUGUACUGUUAGUGAUGGGAACAUGUUAAAUCAUGAGAUAUUACCACAGUUAGAUGAUUUGUAUUCUUGUACAUAAGAACAAGCUCUCUGCUGACCACACACCUUUGAACAAAAUUAAAUAAAUGUGUACAUUUACAAAUGUUUCUAAAAAAUGAAAUAAGCUGUUCAGCUCUAGAUCGUAAAAAAAAAUUGUUAAAUGUUGCUGAAUAUGAUCUCUGUGUAUGCUGACAGUUGUUACUUGUUAAUGAGGAUUAUUGUAUUUCUUUAUGCAAAUUAUGUUGUUGAUUGGGGGAAAAGCACUUUUAAUUUUGCAAACAGUUUGCCUUUUAUUUCGGAACUAGACCUUUUCCCUGUCACAGAUGCCAAAUACUAAUCUUAAUAUGGCCAAUUCUGUAGAAAUCUAACCUGUGAUGUAGCAGUAAGACUGUCUUAAGUUAAUAGCAAAUCCACAGCAUUAGUAUAGAAAUGACAGAGUCAGUUGAUUUUUGUACAAGUACAAAUAUACUGUAUUUGUUUAUACAUCUAUGUUUUUUAUCAUUUUAAAAACAAAUACUUAAGAGCAUGCCACAGUUUUAUUAAAUUAUUAUGAACAUGAAUCAUUUUACUUGUUUGAUUUUACAAUUUUGAUACUUAGCAUUGUUUCAGACUUCAGAGAAUUUCUUUUUUUUAAUGAAAGGUAAAUAUUACUUGGAACUUAUCGGUCAGAUUCUUUUUACAUUGAGGUGGCCAAACUUCUCUCUUGUACAAUGGUUUAUUACUAGAGGGAGCUAGCUGAGUGUGGAAAAACAGAUUAUUAUUAUUAUGAUUAUUAUGAUUAUUAAUUAUUAAUUACAUAAUGAUAAUAUUAAAACAUUUUAUACCAAAAGAAAAUCAUCUAAAGCACUCAGUUGUGGUGUGAUUGACAUGCUUUUAGCUCCCGUAUGUGUAGUAAACUGUAUGAAUGCCAUAUUGACUGACUAUAUGAUGAAGAUGGGUUUUUAUGUACUUGUGUUGUUUUUCCAGUAUGUCCUUCCUUCCUAUUCUGGUGAAAUUUUGAAUAACAUUACUGUGGCAUUCUUGUCAAAAUAUUAAAUUGACCACCCUAUUUGCUGAAAUAUAUUUUCUUUUAUAUUGUAAACUGGAAAGAAAUGCAAAUGCAUUCCCUUUUCUAGCUGCUGUAAGAUAAUAAAAAAAGAACUCUGAGAUGUAUUUCACCAGUCUUAAUGCACUAGCUUUUAAUCAGAUAGUGAAAAAAUAUCACAUUUUGCAGAAAAAAGAAUCUGUGCUAGAAACAUGUGUGAAGGUUGAAAUAAAAAAAGCAAUAUCAGGUUGA